CCAGUGUCCAAGAGCCAUGACGUCAAAGGAAAUGUCAUUUACCAUGACGUCUAUAGUUCUGCAGAUUUUUGUGUGUGCUUUAUGAAAAUCGAUGAGACAAUGUUUUGUUUGGCGCUAACAUAGCUUAAUUUAUAAAAUGGAAUCAAUAGGUGAAUUUGUAAACGAAAUACCUAUUUGGCAAGAACCCCGUUGCGAGCCUUUAGGCGCGCCCAAAGAGACACUAUGCGACGAAAAUGUUCCAGAUCCUGUUCCUGGCGACAGAAUACACGCCUUAGAGGAAGAACAAGAGCUUCUUUCAUCUUCGGUAUUUUCAUUGACGUCCCAUCUCGCACAGGUGGAGUUUCGUCUACGACAAAUACUAAAAGCACCAGCCGAAGAAAAGGAUUCAAUGUUAAAGGCGCUGGAAGAAUUCACUUCGCGCGGAGUCCUUGACUCUCGUGCCGCGCCACAAGGCAGCUCCGGGGAGGUUUCCUGUAGUGAAUGUGCCGAACUAGAGCGCAAGAUACGGCGACAGCGUACGAGGCAGGCGCAUUUUAUAGAGAGACUGAAGACUCAGUUGAAAGAACUGGAGAAAUUCGCGUCUAAUCCGACUCCACACGUCGACGGGAAACACAGAACGCUUAUAGAGCACUUGCGCCAUGAAAUAGACCAAAGCUUAGAAGAAGGCUGCCACCAACCCCUCACUGCUGAAGAGCUGAGACAUCAAAUCAACUGCGCCGUCCGUCAGUACGCCGAUAGACAACUAUCCAAGGAUGAAAUCAUCAGCAAACUGCAAACACACAUAGAGGAUAUGCAAAAGUUUAUACAGUUGAUGAAAAAUGAGGAUUUAAAUAAUAGCAAAAGUAAACCAGAGGCAAAAAUAUCAAGUCAGAGAAGUUUGAGAAAACAUUUAACAAAAGCAAAAAUAAUGAUGAUUUGCGAGCAGAAACUAUAAACCUUAUGCGAAAAGCUUCUACACUGAUACAGAUAUUUACUGUGUCUCAGUUUGGCUGCUCUGCGAAUACAAACAAGAGAUUCGAGAGGAAGUCAUCAACAAUAGUCACUCACUGGGGUAAUUUGCGUGCUAAACUGGAGAUGUCUAUAGAUGCAGUGUUACAUUUAGUAUCCAGAGAAAGGUCAUCACAGGCUAUCAUUGACAGUUAUGACAGUGAGUCUGAAGAAGGUGGUGUUGUUAUAAACGAUGCUCCGCUCACAACUGCGGUGCGUCGCCAUCUUGCUGUUAAUCUCCGAGAUCUGUUACAGCAUGGCCUAACUGGCCCUGAGUCAAGCUCUCUAGUACCUAUUAUAGGUUGUUUCCCUGUCAGAAGAUCUUCCACAUCUCGCUCAUUACAUAUUUGGGAACUCAUUCUGAGAUA